CCUUUCCACGCCCACCCACGAGAAAUGCUGCCAGGCUGCAGCUCAACAUGCUCUCUCUUCCAGUCCAACAGUGAAGAGUUUGCUCAACUCAGCAGUUCCCUCUCGCCGUACGACACGCGGGAUUUUAUUUGAUUUAUUUCAUGUCAAAAAGUAGCAUCCAUGUUGUCAUCCAGCGCCACCAUCUUGUUCGUUCUCGAAACCAUCAUGUGAUGAUAAUUUUUCCCUUACUUUUUUUUUUUUGUUUUUGGUUUUUUUAACUUCACCUGAAAAAGCAGCAAACUCGGACGGGGCUUGUUGAAAAAAAAAAAACAGAAAGCAGUUCAAGUGUUUGACAAAGUUGCAGCUUUUGGAGCCGCAAUGGACCCGGUUUUCCUACUCAUCAUUUCCUCCUGUUUCGGUUUGUCAGCAUGUUUCUCCGCGGAAGAGCGGUCGCGUCACCUCUCCUUGGAGAAAAUCUACGGCCGCUCUGUGAAGGACUCCCACAUGUGCCACCACAUGUUGAAGCACCUUCACGACGGGGCCCGCAUCACAGUGCAGAUGCCCCCAAACGUGGAGGGUCACUGGGUGUCCACUAGCUGCGAGGUGAGACCCGGUCCGGAGUUCCUGACACGCUCCUACCGCUUCUACGCCAACAACACCUUCCAGGCACACCAGUUCUACUAUGAGGACAACCACUGCACCAAGCCCACCUACACGCUGCUGGUACGGGGACGCCUGCGCCUGCGCCAGGCCUCCUGGAUCAUCCGGGGUGGCACCGAGGCCGAGUACCACCUCCACCGGGUCCAGAUCAUGUCCCACGGUGUGGCAGUGGCCGAGGAGCUGAGCCAGAGGCUGAACCGGAGUUGCAGGGGAGCCGUGAGGGGACCCUGGGAGCCCGAUGUUCCCUACGAGUUGUGGAGCGAGGAGGGCGGCUACAACUGCUCCAGGGAGCUCAACUUCGCCAUGCACGAACUGCAGCUGCUGCGGGUGGAGAAGCAGUACAUGCACCACAACCCGGACCACCUGGUGGAGGAGCUCUUCCUCGGGGACAUCCACACGGAACCCACGCAGAGGCUCUACUACAAGCCCUCCAGCUACCAGACGCCCCUGCAAAACGCCAAGAACCACGCGCACGGCUGCAUCGCCUGUCGCAUCAUCUACCGCUCGGACGAGUUUCACCCGCCCAUUCUGCCGCCGCGCGCCGACCUGGCGGUGGGCCUGUACGGCCAGUGGGUGAGCCAGCGGUGCGAAGUGCGCCCGGAGGUGCUCUUCCUCACCCGCCACUUCCUGUUCCAUGAUAACAACCACACGUGGGAGGGCUACUACUACCACUUCUCCGACCCCGUGUGCAAGCAUCCCACCUUCACCAUCUACGCCCGCGGACGCUACUCACGCGGCCUGCACUCCACGCGCGUCAUGGGCGGCACCGACUUUGUCUUCAAAGUGAACCACAUGAGAGUGACGCCGAUGGACUUCGCCACCACCUCGCUGCUCAACGUGUUCAGCGGCAACGACUGCGGCGCCGAGCGGUCAUGGCAGCUGGGCGUGGAGCAGGACGUGACGGCCACCAACGGAUGCGUGGCCCUGGGGAUCCGCCUGCCGCACACAGAGUACGAGCUGUUCCGCAUGGAGCGCGACGCCAAUGGCCGCUAUCUGCUCUUCAAUGGCCAGCGGCCGAGCGACGGAUCCAGCCCAGACCACCCGGACAAGCGAGCUACGUCCUACCAGCUGCCCCUGGUGCGCUGCUCAACCAGCAGCCAGGUGGCGGGACGCGACCCCGGAGGGGACGAUACAUCCCUGCGGCUCAGUAAUGGCGGCGGGGACCGCCACCGAGCCGGUGUUGCGGCGGUGCUCUUAGCGAUCAUUGUCAAAGGAUUGUCGCUUUAAGCCCCCGAUAAAGACUUGGGAAAAGCAACAAAAGUCGCCUUUGGGGGAUCAUUUUUGGAACCCAAAGAAGUACAAUAGUGUCGAUUGUGCCGAAAGGGCCACAAAAUGGCCCCCGAGUGGGUGUGCAUUGCUGACUGAAGGAGAGAAAAAGAGCCAGGAGCGAGACUUAUCCCAACAAAAAAAA